AUGGAUUUAAAAUUGAGCUCCGAAUUCUGCAUUUUAAGGUCGUGGGAGGAGGAGAGGCAGGUGGAGGAGGAGGAGGAGGACAACGCAUUUAUUCCGGUAUCCAUCGAGGGAGAAGCAGUUUCUUCACUCGACGACGAUGAUGACGACCUGGGGGAGGAUGCUUUGCACGAGGUGGAGGAUGUGGUCGCAGGCGACGAGGAGGAGGAGGAGGAGGAGGAGGGGGAGGUUGUGGACGUGGACAACGACGAGGAGUAUUGGCAAACAUGCUGGACGGGACUGCCUGAUGGAGGAUUUUCAAUAAAUGAAUGCGAAUCCGACGUCUAUGAUAGGGAUUUGGAAAUCAGUACAGCCCGCACCCUCUAUAACAACGUGCAGCAGUUUGCCGGCUUUCCCACCCACUUUUUGUUCAUGGCGGUGGAGUUGGUGGACUAUUUCACCAGUAUCAGUGCCAUGCUUGUGAGUGAGUGUCAAUUGGUGGCCUGUGCGGCACAGAAAAUAGUAUUGGAUUUGAAACCACAAUUCACGGUGCCAGAAGCGACAUUUCUUGAAAUGACUGGGGGCGCGUACACACGAGCACAGUUGCGACAUAUGAUGAACAGAGUGGAACGUGCUCUAGGAUCGGAUGAACACAUUCCCAAUCCUUACAACUACCUCGCGGCCUGCUUUAAGUGCUGUGAGAGGUUCGCCUCACCAAUUUCCAGAGCAGAGUGCUACCUGAUGUGUCGUUACAUAUUGGAGUUGGGGUUGACCGACAGUAGGUUGGUCCCGUAUUCUGCCAUCCUCCGAUGCUGUGCGGUGGUGUACCUCAUCCGACGGAUUCUUCGGAACUAUUUCGUAUUGGUCGGAGAUCGGAGAGCACAAGAAUUUCGACUGUGGCCACAAGAAUUGCAAACAUUCACUGGUGUAUGUGAAGAUGAUUCGUUCUAUACUGUAGCCUAUCUGUAUGGAAUGAAAUUGAGCUUAGCGUUGACCCUUAACCAUGGCGAGCAAUCGGAAGAAGCUCAACAUUUGCAGACCGCAUUUCACAAGUAUAGGCAAACCUAUUACCAUGCGAUUGCGACCAGUCCCGUGUUGACAACCUUCACACUCCUCUCAGCCUUCCCUCCUGGUGAAGAUGUCUGCCACGUUUAG